AUGUACAGAUUCAAGACUUCGGACGCCAAUUGGGAAGACAUUCUGAUGGAGGCGGCAAAACACGAUGAGAAGCCCAUGUGGAUUUACGUGAUUUUCCGGAAGAAUCAUUGCUCUGGCCAUGAGAAGAUGACUGUAAAUAUUUCAUUUGACGGCCCAGUUUUUUGGACUCGCCAAGUCGCCUACAUCUAUUGUUGCAGUUGCCAUUUUGAACUUCAUGAAAAUCCCCUCCUCACAAUCCUGCAUAAAUUCGAAGCAAGAGUGGAGCGAGUGUGCCUGGUCGAUACCCCCGUUGAUUAUGCAUUCCUCCCGGAUUCCAUUUUUGCCUACAUGGCCCGCUCAAUGCCCAAGCUACAGUUUGUCUAUUUGCGGGAGCUCGAUUUGGAGAAAAUCAAUCGAGGGACCGUGGCGGAGUUGGCUGUACACAGGAGUUUGAAGAAGGUGAUCGUGCACAAAUGCCGAAAUUACGAGGUGCUUGAAGAUUUCCGUAAUCUGCCCCAGCUGCUGGUUGUCAAGGGUGAAAUUCAAGGACUUCGGUCAAUGCUUGGCGGAGACCCAGAUGCACCCCCGGAAAGCCUGCCAAGCUCGAUGACCACUUCAACUUCAACCAACUCCGAAGCGUCAGAACUGUCUGAACGCCUUCAACAUGUUUCGGUCUCACAGAGCCCA